AUGAUCGCUUACAAGAACAUCUUCCGUGCUACAACUUACCUUGCCUACAAGGCAGUAACCGCUACUAUCAAGACCGUCCUUGAUUCGGCCGCCUCUGUCGCCAACGUCUACGAGGAAUUUUCUCAAGUGACCAUGGACGAAUUCGUGUUUUGCAUUCUUCCAGGCUCCUACGACCUUGACUUUGAAGAAUGCCCCUACCCAGCUUUCCCAAGAAGGGUACCCUCUUCCCCAGCUUCCCCAGAAGCUCCAGCCACUUCCCAAGCUCCUAUUUCUGGCUCCUUCGAACCCCUCGGUUCCAGAGCUAGAGCCAGCGAAUGGCAAACCGUUGAGCCUCGAAAGAGCCCACGGAGAGCUUCCCCCUCUCCACCCGCUACUCCUGCUCCCGAGCCAGCAAGCAUUCUGAAGUUCAGACAUGUGAAGCAGCGGACCCACGGGCGGUACAGAGAGCCUGUCCAUGACAUGGACAAGCGUCUCACCCAGGGGAACAUCUACCUUGUUCUCCAGGGAUGCUGA